AUGGGCGAGGUCACCAUUACCAUGGAGGAUGCGCAUCAUCUACUAGGAUUUCCCACUGAUGGUGAGGUUGUGUCCGGGCGCCACGGACGGCAUCCAUUUAGGCAGAUGGUCAGUGACUUUUUAAGAGUUAAUCCACAGGCUGGUAGGGAUCUGUCUGGAGGUUUGUUGGGUCUCCACUUCCUACGGGAGAGGUUUCAGCAUUAUGCAGGCCACGCCGCCACUGAGGUUGAUCGUAUGAGAUAUACUCGCGCAUUAAUUUUACGCAUACUAGGCGGGACCCUGUUUGUCGACACUGCCUCCAGCUUCGUUUCUGCCAGAUAUGUAUUAUAUCUGGACGAUUUCCAGCUGUGUGGAACCUUCAGUUGGGGCUCUGCAGUUCUUGCCUUCUUAUAUAAGGAAUUGUGCAAAGUGACUGACAUGGGACGUUCAGAAAUGGGUGAUUUUGCACUCUUAUUGCAAUUAUGGGUGUGGACCAGAUUCCCGUCUAUCUCUCCUCCACUACCCGAGGUGUCUGAUGAGCAUGCCAUUUAUGGAGCCAGGUUUAACUUUUAUGAUGUGCGGCAGACUGUUUUUACACACAUUCUCAGGUGCCGCCAUCGUAUGGACGUUAUGCAUAGACGGGAUUUUCGUUGGAGACCGUACCUGAGCUUCGAAGUUAAUGCACCUCCUUCUGACACCGCCCGCAGAUGGCUUUCUGCCGAUCGUGCGGAGAUGGUGGUCCAAAUGGCUUCUCCAGAGGGCCGAGUAUCGUUCACUAUGGAUCAGUUUUCCGGUGCACAGCCUGGGUUUCAUCCUGAACAGUAUCCACCCUGGUCGACAGUUCCACCUAUGGGUCAGUAUGGGUUUCCAUCUCAGUCGUAUCCCAUGUAUGCAGGCGAUAGUAGUUCACAGCCUACUCAGGGCUUAGACUCAUUCACAGAGUACUACAGGCCAACUGUUCCACCACAGGAUCCAUCACAUUCACAUGCUUAG